AAGCACCAAAUUCGAUCGAAGGGGGCCCGAUUACACGCACCGGAGAAAUUGCCAACGGAGAGGAGCUACUGUGUGUAGUUUGCAACAGUACCACCGUGGAAACUGAGAAAACCACCGCAAAACCCUAGGAGCAGGGAGCUUCACCGGCGGACGAUGCCUCAGAACGACGACGUCCAGUUCAUCUCCUCCUCCAUCAAAAUCCCUGCCUUCUCCUCACCGCACCAACUCAAAUCCCCCUUUCCUUCUCUCCAACUCACCCCGGGGAACAAAUUCGCCAAAUUGCCGUUCAACUUCAAUUUCAAUUUCGUUAGGAACCAGUCGUUUUUCCAUCGAAACAAAGUAUCGAAGAAAUCCCCGCUCUUCUGCUCCGCUUCGUUGGUUUUAUCCGACACUGAGACUGGGCCGGCGCCGCCCCAAUCUAAAACCGGAGAUGACUCGAGCUUAGCGGUUCAGCUCAAGGGUGACGACUCCGGUUCAGUGACUCAGUCGAAGAAUGUGGGUAGUGGUCGAGCAGCGGAGGAAGAGAGGGUUCUGAUCAGCGAAGUCUUUGUGAGGAACAAAGAUGGCGAGGAGCUCGAGAGGAAGGACCUGGAAGGCGAGGCCUUGAAUGCUUUAAAAGCUUCGCGCGCCAAUUCCGCUCUCACUGUGCGCGAGGUGCAGGAAGAUGUUCACAGGAUUAUCGCUAGUGGCUAUUUCAUGUCUUGUAUGCCUGUAGCAGUCGACACUAGGGACGGCAUUCGGUUGAUUUUUCAGGUAGAACCGAACCAAGAGUUUCAAGGAUUGGUGUGUGAAGGAGCUAAUGUUCUGCCGUCAAAGUUUAUAGAGGAUGCAUUUCGUGAUGGAUAUGGAAAAGUGGUUAACAUCAGGCGUCUAGAUGAAGUAAUAAGCUCAAUUAAUGGUUGGUACAUGGAGCGAGGUCUUUUUGGAAUGGUAUCAGGUGUGGAUAUUCUAUCUGGUGGUAUGGUCAAACUACAAGUUUCAGAAGCAGAGGUCAAUAACGUGUCCAUACGUUUCCUUGAUAAGACUGGGGAGCCAACGAUCGGGAAAACUAGGCCGGAAACUAUACUAAGGCAACUUACGACCAAAAAGGGACAGGUGUACAGUAUGAUCCAGGGAAAAAGAGAUGUUGAUACUGUGUUGGCAAUGGGUGUUAUGGAUGACGUUAGUGUUAUUCCGCAGCCGGCUGGUGACACUGGCAAGGUUGAUUUGACAAUGAAUGUUGUUGAACGCAAACGUGGAGGUGGAAUUUCUGGAGGGGGUGGAAUAUCUAGUGGAAUAACAAGUGGGCCUUUACCUGGAUUAAUUGGGAGCAUUGCAGUACAUCAUAAAAACCUUUUCGGACGAAACCAAAAACUGAACCUGUCUUUAGAGAGGGGCCAAAUUGAUUCCAUAUUUAGGAUAAACUACACCGAUCCUUGGAUUGAAGGAGAUGAUAAGAGGACAUCUAGAUCAAUCAUGAUUCAGAAUUCAAGAACGCCAGGAAACCUUGUGCAUGGAAAUGAAAACCAUCAAAACGCCCUUACAAUUGGACGAAUAACAGCUGGAAUCGAUUUUAGUAGGCCCUUGAGGCCAAAGUGGAACGGAACUGCUGGACUUGUUUAUCAUCGUGCUGGUGCUCAUGAUGAAAAGGGAAGUUCUAUCAUAAGGGACUUCUUUGGUAGUCCUCUUACUGCAAGUGGAAAGAAUAACGAUGAUAUGUUACUUGCUAAACUUGAGACUGUAUAUACCGGCUCUGGCGAACCAGGUUCCUCUAUGUUUGUCUUCAACAUGGAUCAGGGAAUCCCCGUCUCUCCUGAAUGGCUAGUUUUCAACAGAGUGAAUGCUCGUGCUAGGCAGAGUUUUUCCCUGGGACCUACAAGCUUUCAUUUUUGCUUGUCUGGUGGACACAUGGCUGGUAAAUUUCCCCCGCACGAAGCAUUUCCGAUUGGUGGGACCAACAGCGUGAGAGGCUAUGAAGAAGGGACAGUUGGAUCGGGUCGUUCUUAUGUUGUUGGUAGUGGAGAAAUUUCAUUCCCAGUGAGAGGCUCAUUAUCAGGGGCUGUAUUUGCCGAUUACGGAACAGAUCUUGGAUCAGGCCCAACAGUUCCAGGUGAUCCUGCUGGGGCAAGAAACAAGGCUGGAAGUGGAUACGGGUAUGGGCUUGGUAUUCGGGUCGACUCUCCUUUGGGCCCACUAAGACUCGAAUAUGCGUUCAAUGAUCAACGAACAGGUAGGUUUCAUUUUGGAAUUGGGCCACGGAACUAAAUAUCGUAUAUAAUUUAUUUCUUAUUUUAUCAAUUCUUUUUUUCAAAACCCUUUUUGUUGUUCCUUUAGUAGUAGUAUCUUUUUGUUAGUCUCAGGGAAGAUAAUCUAAAUUAUCAAUUUUGAUAUUAAACUUUUAUUACUUGCCUCAAAAGAUGUUGGAAUAAUGGCAUCUUCAGCUUGCACUCUGUAUGGUGAAUGUAAUUACCAAAUCAUUCUUACAUCUCAGAAAUCUAGUGUGACUUCUCUGUGUAAGAAUAAUUCCUUUCAAAAAACACAAUUAUCUAAUAUUUUAUUUUAUUUAU